CUCUCCAGCCAAAUCUAUAAAGUUCUUCGCACCCCGCCGCGUCUUCCUCAAUCCUCAUCAUCAUCAUCAUCGCAUCCAUUGAUCUAUCGUAUUGUAUCGUACCGUCUCGUCUCGUCAACUCGCACAGCUUCAACUACUCCAACCCUUUUCGAACAUCCCCUUUUCUCCAUCGUUUCACCGGCACUCACACUUCGAGUCCGGUACCUCAAAAGUCGCAAACACGUUCUCCACUCUCCUCAACUCCGUUCACCACCCCCAUAACGGUAGCAACCGCUCAGCUCCUUCCGGCGGGUGUUCCGAUUUAAUAUUCUCCAUCUAAAAUCUCUCCUACCACCUCCAAAAUCAUCAUCAUGGCCCCUCACGCAAACGGCGAUGGCAGCAACGGCUCUGUUGCUGCCCCCGCUCAUACCGGUCGUGAUCUCUUCGUGGUCCAAUCUCCCAAUGUCCAGUACACGGAGGACACCAUCAAGUCCACAUACACGUACCUGACCACCAAGGUCGCCAAGGCGGCCGACACCGGCAAGUACAUCGCUCAGCCCGUUGAGACCAAGUACGACUUCAAGGUGGACCGCAAGGUCGGCAAGGUCGGAUUGAUGCUUGUCGGUUGGGGUGGAAACAAUGGUUCCACCGUCACCGCUGGUAUCAUCGCCAACCGCAACGGCCUCACCUGGGAGUCACGUGAGGGCCAGAAGAAGUCCAACUACUACGGUUCCGUCAUCAUGGCUUCGACUCUGAAGCUCGGAAAUGAUGCCGAGACCGGAGAGGAGGUCUACAUUCCCUUCCACGACGUCCUGCCCAUGGCCCACCCCAACGACCUCGUUCUCGGUGGUUGGGACAUCAACGGCAUGAACCUUGGCGAUGCCAUGGACCGUGCCGCCGUCCUCGAGCCCGACCUCAAGAGGCAGGUUCGCGCCGAGAUGGAGAAGAUGGUGCCACUUCCCAGCAUCUACUACCCCGACUUCAUCGCCGCCAACCAGGAGGACCGUGCCAACAACCUCCUCACCGGCACCAAGGCCGAGCACCUCGAGAAGAUCCGCGGUGACAUCCGCAACUUCAAGGAGUCCAACAGCCUCGACAAGGUCAUCGUCCUCUGGACCGCCAACACCGAGCGUUACGCCGAGAUCAUCCCCGGCGUCAACGACACCGCCGAGAACCUCCUCAGCGCCAUUGAGUCGUCCCACGACGAGGUCUCCCCCUCCACCGUCUUCGCCGUCGCCUCGAUCCUCGAGGGCGUCCCCUUCAUCAACGGUUCCCCGCAGAACACCCUCGUUCCGGGCUGCAUCGAGCUCGCCGAGCAGAAGGGUGCAUUCGUUGGAGGUGACGACUUCAAGUCGGGCCAGACCAAAAUGAAGUCGGCCCUCGUCGACUUCCUGAUCAACGCCGGUAUCAAGCUGACCUCGAUCGCUUCCUUCAACUUCCUCGGCAACAACGACGGUCUCAACCUCAACGCGCCGCAGCAGUUCCGCUCCAAGGAGAUCUCCAAGUCCAACGUUGUUGACGACAUGGUCGCCGCCAACUCGAUCCUCUACGCCAAGGACGAGCACCCCGACCACACCGUCGUGAUCAAGUACAUGCCGGCGGUCGGCGACCACAAGCGCGCUAUGGAUGAGUACUACGCCGAGAUCUUCAUGGGCGGCCACCAGUCGAUCUCGAUGACCAAUAUCUGCGAGGACUCUCUGCUCGCGUCCCCGCUCAUCAUCGACCUCUGCGUCCUUGCCGAGCUGAUGACGCGUAUCUCGUGGAAGUCGAGCUCCACCUCUGGAGCUGCUACUAAGGAGUACAAGGGCUUCCACUCCGUCCUGAGCAUCCUCUCGUACAUGCUCAAGGCUCCCUGCACCCCCGCUGGUACCCCCGUCAUCAACUCGCUCGCUAAGCAGCGCGCUGCCAUGUCCAACAUCUUCAGGGCUUGCGUCGGGCUCGCUCCCGAAUCGGAUAUGACUCUCGAGCACAAGCUCUUCGCUUAGACGAAGUCGGAUGUCCUAUGGGACCGCGAUUGAUGUGAAGGAAGGGAUUGGGAUCGGGUGGUGGAUUUGAGUUGUAUUUCUUUGCAGUAGCUAGCUAGUUGAAGGGGGUGGUAAAUGGAAAUCUACAUACGAGUCGGCAUUGCGCUUCGGCGCGGUAUCGGCUCCUAUUACUCCGCAA